AAGCAAAUCUCUUUCUUACAGGUAGCACUAGCCGAUGUGCAGUUUGGCCCCAUGAGAUUUCAUCAAGAUCAGCUUCAGGUACUUUUAGUGUUUACCAAAGAAGAUAACCAGUGUAAUGGAUUCUGCAGGGCAUGUGAAAAAGCAGGGUUUAAGUGCACAGUCACCAAGGAGGCACAGGCUGUCCUUGCCUGCUUCCUGGACAAACACCACGACAUCAUCAUCAUCGACCACAGGAAUCCUGGACAGCUGGAUGCAGAGGCACUGUGCAGGUCCAUCAGAUCAUCAAAACUCUCAGAAAAUACAGUUAUUGUUGGUGUAGUUCGCAGGAUGGACAAAGAAGAGUUGUCUGUGAUGCCUUUCAUUACUGCUGGCUUUACAAGGAGGUAUAUAGAAAACCCCAGCAUCAUGGCCUGUUACAAUGAACUGCUCCAGCUGGAGUUCGGAGAGGUGCGAUCACAACUGAAACUCAGGGCUUGUAACUCAGUAUUCACUGCAUUAGAGAAAAGCCAAGAAGCUAUUGAAAUUACAAGUGAAGACCACAUUAUUCAGUAUGCAAAUCCUGCAUUUGAAACUACAAUGGGCUAUCAGUCAGGUGAAUUAAUAGGGAAGGAGUUAGCAGAAGUGCCUAUAAAUGAAAAAAAGGCUGACUUGCUGGAUACUAUAAAUUCAUGCAUCAGGAUAGGAAAGGAGUGGCAGGGCAUUUACCACACCAGAAAGAAAAAUGGAGAUAAUAUACAGCAAAAUGUGAAAAUAAUACCUGUUGUUGGACAGGGAGGAAAAAUUAGACACUAUGUGUCCAUUAUCCGAGUGUGCAAUGGAAACAGUAAGGCUGAGAAAAUACCUGAGUGUGUUCAAUCUGACAUUCAUACAGAUAAUCAAAUGGGCAAACAUAAAGACAGAAGGAAAGGCUCGCUGGAUGUCAAAUCUGUUUCCUCGAAAGCAAAUGAAGUUUCCAGCCAGAGACGACACUCCUCCAUGGCCCGGAUCCAUUCCAUGACCAUUGAGGCACCCAUCACCAAGGUAAUGAACAUCAUCAACACUGCCCAGGAGAGCAGCCCUGUGCCUGUGACAGAGGCCUUGGACCGUGUGCUGCAGAUCCUCAGGUCUACUGAGCUAUACUCGCCACAGUUUGGUGCUAAGGAUGACGACCCUCAUGCCAAUGACCUUGUUGGGGGCUUAAUGUCUGAUGGUUUGCGGAGAUUAUCAGGGAAUGAAUAUGUUCUUUCAACAAAAACUCUCCAUCAAGUUCCAGUCAGCGGAACCAUCCCCGUUUCCCUUCACGACAUCCCACCACGAGUAGCUUGGGCCAUGGAAAACGUAGAACACUGGGACUUCGAUAUUUUUGAACUGGAGGCUGCCACCCACAAUAGGCCACUGACUUAUCUUGGUCUCAAAACGUUUGCUCACUUUGGAAUCUGUGAAUUUCUAAACUGCUCUGAGGCAACACUGAAAUCCUGGUUACAAAUUAUUGAAGCCAAUUACCAUUCUUCUAACCCCUACCACAAUUCCACACAUUCUGCCGACGUGCUCCACGCCACCGCCUACUUCCUGUCCAGGGAGAGAGUAAAGGAAACUUUAGAUCCCGUUGACAAGGCCGCUGCACUCAUCGCAGCCACCAUUCAUGACGUGGACCACCCUGGGAGAACCAACUCCUUCCUGUGCAAUGCAGGCAGCGAGCUGGCCCUGCUAUACAACGACCUGGCCGUGCUGGAGAGCCACCACGUGGCCCUGGCCUUCCAGCUGACCGUGGGCAACGACAGGUGCAACAUCUUUAAAAACAUGGACAGGAAUGACUACCGGGUGCUGCGCCAGAGCAUCAUCGACAUGGUCCUGGCCACCGAGAUGACAAAGCACUUCGAACACGUCAACAAGUUCAUCAACAGUGUCAACAAGCCUUUAGCAGUGCUGGAGGAAAAUGAGGAAACUGAUAAAGACAGGGAAGCCAUCCACACUCUGCUCCAGGCUCCAGAGAACCGGGUGCUCAUCAAGCGCAUGCUGAUCAAGUGUGCGGACGUCUCCAACCCCUGCCGGCCUCUGCAGCAGUGCAUCGAGUGGGCCGCACGCAUCUCAGAGGAGUACUUUUCUCAGACCGAUGAAGAGAAGCAGAAGGAGUUGCCUGUGGUGAUGCCGGUCUUUGACAGGAACACAUGCAGCAUCCCUAAAUCCCAGAUCUCUUUCAUCGACUACUUCAUCACAGACAUGUUUGAUGCCUGGGAUGCUUUCGUUGACCUGCCAGAUUUAAUGCAGCACCUUGACAACAACUUUAAAUACUGGAAAGGACUGGACGAAAGGAAGCUGCGGAGCCUCCGACCCCCUCCUGAAUAGCACAGGAUGUGCCCAGCGCCCUGCCGCUUUGCCCUCCUUCACCUGGAAGUCCUGAGGGCAGCCACCAUUCGGAGCCAUUGUCUUCUCUGCAGCACUGUGAAGCACACGGGGACACGAGUGGCCUUCUGUGGCCACCAUCCGACACCAUGGAGUAAGCCUGGGCCACAAGCGGGGCCUGUGGGGCUUUUCUGGAAGGCUAAGAACCAGAGUUUGCAUCAGCUGCAGAAGGGCGGGAGCCGAGAGGGACCGUGGGACUUCCUACCAAUGACGGUUGUCUCGCGGCAACUCCUCAGCUGUGGCGGCACUCACGGUUUAGUGGCAAUCGGAUCUUCAGCGACCAUUUUCACAUCCUACAGGGUGCAAUCACUCGCUUUGGAACACUACUGAAAGUGACUUCUCUCUCUUCAAAUUGAGUAGCAAAUGAAACAAAAAGAAAUUUUUGAAGUUGAUUAUCAAUUAAAAUGUUUUAUUUAUUAGAAAUGCAAUAUUUUUUAUGAAUUUAAAACUUCAAAGCCAAAGCCAACUUCAAAUGCCGUGACCAAAUUUACAUGAUUCAUAUUCAUUAAACCUGCAUUACUUGGUGUACAGACUUAUUUUCAUGAUGCAAAUUUAAAAUAUCAUAAAAUGACAUUUUAUUGCACUAUAGAAAUAUCUGUGUAUGUUAAACUCAUUUCUGAUUGAUGCUAAUUGGAAAAAACUGUCUUCUUGUAGGGUCUUUCCCUAGAGAGCCAAAGGAGAUGAUAUUUCCCUACUUCUGCUGCAACCAAAUCCUGCUCCAAAGCAGAGCUGGGCAUCUGGCACAUUCACCGGUGACACCCCAAAAUAAAACUGUCCCCCUCUCGGUUUAGCAAAGAAAAAUUAGAUCUUAACAUUUUUUCCUGAUAUUUUAUAAUUGAACUUCCAAAAGUCUGCCUUAUUUUAUACUAUUUCUAUAAAAUAUUCCCUAUGAAAAAAUAAAAAGCAAACAUGGAAUACUUAAUAGAUUGACAUUUUAGAACAAGCCU